AUGACAACAACAAAAGAGUUUCUUGAAAGGGUUGAACAAAUACAAACAGAGAUUGGUACUAAUUUCAUUUUUAGCAACAAUAACAACAAUAAUAAUACAAGAUUAAAGAUACAACUAUCACAACAUCCAAAGAUUGAUAUAUUAAAAUAUGUUUAUAUGGUUUGUCAAUUAAAUGUAAACAACAACAACAACAACAACAAUUGGAUUAGAGAGAUAUGUUUACAAUUAAUAAAUGAUUGUCUAUUGACAAGAAGCCAAGAUUGUAUAUUAGAUGAUUUAACAAAUGAAACAAAGAUUGCAAUAAGAUCAAUGAUACUUGAUACUUUUGAAAGAAAUUUAAGGUUGGUUUGUCUAUUAUUGGUUAAUCAUUAUGAUAGUGGUCGUAAUGAUGAAGAAAUAUUUAGAAUUGGUAUCAUUAAAUGGUUUAAUAAUAGAAAUAAUAAUAAUAAUAAUAAUAUAUGCCAACAACAAUCAAUCAUUGAAUCUUUAUUAUUUGCAUUGUCAAAAGUUAAACAACCAUGUCAUUCAGUAUUGGAUAUUAUUUGGAGACUAUAUUAUAAAAAUAGAUCAUUGGGAGAAAAAGAUAUUUUAAUGUUCUUUUCAAUCUUUAAACAUUAUCAAUUUAAUGAACAACAACUAAAACAAGAGAUUACAAAUAAUAUUUAUAAUAAUCUUUUACCAAAAUCAGAAUUAUGGAAAAACAAGGAUAUUAAAUCAUUUUUCAAACAAACCAUUAGUAUUCUAUUUCAACAUGCAUAUAAUGACGAUUAUUUUAUUCCACAACAACAACAAGAUAAUUAUAAUAUUGAUCAACACUACUAUAAAUCAAAUCAAAAACCAAAACCAAUAUUUCAAUUUCUAAAAUCAAUUAGUUUAAAGGAUCAUGAAAUACUUUAUACUAUUAUUUUUGAAUAUUGUCAAAUAUUUUUAAAUUCAACAAGUUGGAAAGAGAAAUUAAUUGUACUUGGAAUAUUAAAUCUUUUAGAAUUAAAAGAAUAUACAUUUACAAACAAAUUAUUACCAAAACAAUUUAUUUUAGAUUCAAUCAUUUAUCCAUUAAUAGAUGAUCAAAAUUUACUAGUUCAAUAUGAGUUAAUAAUAUUUCUUGUAAAGAUGGCAAAUUCUAAAGGUAUUAGAGAUAUUGGGAACCAAUCAUUUUAUCAAGAUGUAAUUGAUAGAGCAUUUGAAAAAUCAUUUAAAUCAAAUCAUCCACAUCUUAUCAAACAAGUUGAAUCUUUUUUUUUCAGUUCCAUUUCAUCUUAUAAACAUCCAAGAGGUUCAAAAAUUGAUUCAAUUGUAACAACAAAAUUGGAUCCAUUUAUUAUAUCAUUAAUAUUCAAAUCAGAAAAAGAAAAUAUUUUCAAAGUGAUUAAUUUUUUUGAUGGUAUUGUAAUGAUAAAUAACAAUAGAAGAAAAUAUUUAAAUAUUAUUAUCAAUAGAAUAUUAUUUACAUCAAUGUGUGGUGAUAAACAAAUGGUUGAUAGAUUUAUAUUUUCAUAUCUUUUAGAUUGGAUAUUUGAUGGAUACAUUGGAAAGGACGUAAUCAUUUAUUUACCAUUCAUCAUGAAAAGAAUAAUAGCACAAAGAUCAAGAGAUGCGUCAAUUGAAAAUACAAUCCUAAGAUUAUGUAAACAGUUUCCAGAUAAAUUGUAUUCAUAUAUGAAUCGAUUGAUUCCUCUAUCUAUUGAAUUACAUCAAAACAAUAUAUCAGAGUAUAUCUUUAAUGGACAACCAUCAAAAGGUGAACAUAGAUAUGAUGGACACUUGUUAUUUUGUUUAUUUACAAUUUGUAGUAGUAAAAAAUAUCAAAAAAAGUCAUCAUCAAUUCAUUUACAAAUUUUAUUAGAUUAUAUUUUAAAAGGUACCUCUGAUGAUAAUAUACAAAAUGCACUAGUCAUACGAUUUAUUAGUCAGAUGAAUGGUUUGGGUGUAUUGUUUCUAGAUAAUCAAAUAAUACAAAUGAUUGGAUGGAUUAAAAAUGGAAUAGUCAAUACUCAUCAACAAAUAUUAAAUCUAAAAGAUUCAACAACACCAGCAGCAGAUACCCCAAUAUUUAAUCUUGAUCAAUUAGUUCAAGGUCAUUAUUAUUUAAUAGAUCAAAUAAUAAUAGCAACAACCAACACCUACAACUAUUUAAAUUAUAUUGAAAUAAUAACAACAAUCUAUGUUGAAAUGAUGUUGGAUGCAAUCAUCUUGAAUUCAAAGACAAGUACACAAAUGUUGGUUGCUCAACUUACCGACUUUUUUAGAAUACUCUAUCCAUUGUUUGACAAAAAAGAGUUAUCCAUAGAUGUAUUCACUAAAAAGAUAAAGAGUAACAUCAUUAAUCAUAAUACUUUGGAAUUAUUAUUAUUAGAUAAAUAA